UAAAAGGAGGGCAGCAGCAGCAGGGGCCGGGCAUCGUGCAGAGGAAAGCCCUGCAGCCACCCCAGCUCCAGCCCCGCUCGUGGUUCCCUCAGCCCCUGCAGCACCAUGAAGGUCCCUGCAGCCACCGUGGCCACUCUGCUCCUCAUGGUCAUCUGAUCCCCGGCUGAGGCCCAUCUCGGCAUCCCCACCUCCUGCUGCUACAGCUACCAGCAACGCCCCAUCCCACACAGCUUGAUCACCUCCGCCUACAUGACGAGCAGCACGUGCAUCCAGCCAGCAGUGAUCCUGGUCACCAAGAAGGGGAAGAUGCUGUGCGCAGACCCCCAGGCGAAAUGGGUGCAGACGUACCUGGAGCACUUCCAGAUGCAGGAGUCCUGA